AUGCGUGUAAACAUCAAGUCUCUUUUCGUACUCAUCCUCGCUCUCAGCGGCGUGGCUUGCUACCCCAUUGCAAAAUCCCCAAUGCACGCGGACGCGGGGAUAUUCGAUCUACCCGAACGCGACCUUGUCCCCCGCGCCAAACUUCGACCAAUCAACUGCGGUGGUCAGAGGUUCAAUAGAGAUGAGAUCAAUGGUGCAACAAAACAAGCCCGGAUCGUAGAGGAAGCCAAGGCGAGAAACCUGGACGGUAACCUGCAUGAGUACCCUCUUACCUCUGGUGACGUCUACUCUGGCAAGGGCGAGCCGACAGCGGGUCUUUAUCGAGUGGUGGUAAACGAGAAGUAUAAGUUCAUGGGCAUGCUGGAGGCAUAA